AUCAGGAUUCAGGGAUUUCAUUUAUGGAGUGGGGAUAGAAAAUUGAAAGAUUUCAGCUUUUACUAGAAUAGAAAGUGAUCCUUUUACUUUUGUUCUAUUUUGUUUUGACUUGCAGAACUCUUCACUUUGCUGUAAGGAUAUCUCAAAUGGAGGAGUUGUCAAGUCGACUUACAUUAGCCCUCUAUCUCUCAGUUUAGUGAGUGGAGAUUUCCAAUUCAUACAUGAUAUUUAUUGAAUUACUUCAUGAAAAAAAAUAUUUGCUACAGUGAAAAUUAUUACAUUGUUGCUAGACAUGUUUGUGUUAUGAGAGUAAUUUGGGAAGUCUGUACACAAUACAUUGUUCAACUAACUUUUAGCGAAAACUUAACAUCAUGUUUUAUAUAUUUCUAAUCAAGCAACUUCAUAUUCAUUACCAAUUAUGUGGUAAAAAAGAAUGCACUAUAUUGGAAAAGAACUUAAAGGACAUACUAAACUCUAUGAGAUAUAUUUUCUUUCAUCCUAAAUGUUGAUUACGUGUGUAUGAAAUAUGAAAAGUAACUCUAAUAUUCAACUAUAUGAUUUAAUUAAACAACGAAUUACAAUUAGUUUAUUUAUUUCUUUUUCAUUCAGUAAUUGCAUGUAAUGCUUAUACCAUACUUUUUCCUCUUUUCAUAUAGGUCUAAACACAUUAUGCAUAGUUGGAUCACUUUCAAAAAUGUUAUGUGCGUAACUAAGGUACAAAUAAUCAUUCCAUGUAUUGUAAAUCAUCUAUUAUAUCCAUUAUUAUAUAUCAUAUUUUUAGACAAAAUUCUCUCGGCCAACGGGCCGGGUCCUGUGCUAGUUAGGGAUGGCAAUUAAAUCCAUAGUUGUGGGUAUCCGACCGCCCCCGACCCAGUUAACGCGGGGAAUCCCCGCAUUGAUCGGGUAUGAGGCGGGUAUGGGUAAAACCCGCAAAAAGUUUGAUGGGUAUGGGGCGGGUAUGGGUUUAGCCUCCCCCGACCCAUACCCAUACCCGCCCCCACCAAAAACAGUUCUUCACAUAUAAAAUGUACAUUAAUUAAAUUGUAAUCUAUCAUUAAUGGCAAAUGUAACUCACAAUUGAGUGACCACCCAAAUCAAAGCAUAAUUCAUUUCCUCCAAAUCCUCCUUCAUUCUUUGACUUUUUCCCUCAUGUUUACAACAUUAUGUUAGUAAGUUAUUUAUUACUUAAUAGAUGUACCAAAGUGAGAGAAUAAUGAUUUGGCUUAUAUUGUUACUCUAUCUUAUGGAUUAUUGGAUCUUUUAGAAUAAGAUGCUUAGAAUAGUAUUAAGAAUGAUUGUCUCUUUGACGACUUUAUGAAAUAGUAGGUGCGUUUAGUAUUAUAAUUGAAAUUUUUGUAUGUAAAAUUUUAGCUAUUAUAAUGUAGGAUGUACGGGGCGGGUAUUACCCAUGGGUACCCGAAACCCAUGGAUAUGGGGAUGGGUUUGCAAAUCCUUCUCCGCAUGGGUAUGGGGCGGGUAUGGGUUUGGAUAUUUGAAAGCGGGGAUGGGGAUGGUUUAGGCAAACCCGCCCCAAACUCGGCCCAUUGCCAUCCCUAAUGAAGAUGCACCAUCCGACAUCGCAGUGCUGCUGCGCCUCUCAUAAUAACCAACCAAGUAUGGAUUAACAAGACAAUUAGCUAAAUGUUUGCCUGGAAAGGAAAUCCUUAAUCACUCCCAAAUUAUUGGAUUCAUCCAUCCAUUUUAAGGUCUUAAACGAGACCAGGGUUGGAGCAUGCUCCUAAGCUUCAUGUUCUGUUGUGUGAGCAUGAGAUUUUAGGGGUGGCUAUACGGUCCGGUCCGGUUAAAUUGGACCAAAUUGAUUCGGUCCCAGUCCAGUAUUUUCGGGAAUAUAAGGAUCAAAGAUUGGAUUGGAUACAAUCCGGUCUUGGUCCGGCCCGGUCUUGACCCGAUCCGGUCCCAAUUUUAUCUUGAUUUUAGGUGUUGGGGGUCUCUUAUCCGGUCUUUAUCCGGUUUUUUACCUUAAAUCUUAGCCCGAAUAUGAGAUUGCAUUGUUUGCUAUCCGGUCCCAAUCCGGUCCCUGUCUAGGUUAUACAGUUCGGUCCCGAUCUGGGUUAUACAGUCCGGUUUCGGGUAAAACCAAACAGUUCAGGACCAAAUAGCCAGCCCUAUGAGAUUUCCUAUGUUAUUGUGGGAACCAAUAUUCUAAGUCAUUAACUCACCUCUGAGGUUCGCCGUGUAUUCGAGUCGGAGUUCGCAAACUUGUAUUAAAGGAUCAUACUUUGACAAAUGAUAUUGUAGUGGCAACCAAAAUGAUAUAUUCGAUGCACACCAAUGCUGGAUCUUGUUUCUUCCAAUGCUGGAUCUUGAAGGCAACCCAACAUAGAGGAAACACAUUCAAUGACACAUGUACAUGGUUGCUGGACGAGAAGAUCAAUUCGGGCACCAACCCAUUAUUGUACACAGGGGCGGACCCAGGGUGGUUUAGGACACCCCUAAAUUUUAGGAAAACGAUUAUCCAACCCUGGUGGUAAUUUACGUAUGGACAAAAAAAAUAUAAUUGAUAGUGAGAGACACCCCUUAAAUUUGAAAAAAUGAUUAUCCUACUGUCAUUUGUGUAUAGGAAUAUAAGUGGUAGGUUGGAUAAUUCAAAUCUAGAACACUAUUAUUAUUAAUAAACUUAAUUUCCGUCGAGCUAAACUCAUUUGUUGUUCGAUUUUGAACAAUGUGUAAUAGUAAAAUGGCAUUCCCUAUCUCUAAUUAUUUUAAAAACCUAACAAUUAAACUAAUUUCAAACUAUCCUUAAUUUGUAUUGAUUUUAUGAUUGUACGACAAGUGUUGAAAGAGUCUUUCAGCUUUGGGUUACAUCAAGAACAAGUUUACAAAUCGAAUAUGCGAUAAGUUGGUGAAUGAUUGUCUAGUAGUGUAUAAAGAGACAAUUUUUUUAACACUAUAGACACCAAGUGUAUUCUACAAUUAUUUUCGAAUAUGAAAACACAUCAUGGAUUUUUUUAACCUAUAUGAGUAAGGUAUUUACAUAUUUACAAUUUUAAUUUUAUUAAUUAUUUUAAUUUUUAUUUAAUUUAUUUUUUAAAAGAGGACACCCCUAUGAAAAAUUUCUGGGUCCGCCACUGAUUUGUACAGAUGAUACAUUCACAUGGGCACCUCAUUCGUGCACCUAACAAAAGCAAAAUGGUACCAGAUAAAAGGUACAAUAAUGAUAAAACUUGCAAGUUGGUCUCUUCCUAGUAGGUUAUAUAUACAUACAUGACUUGGUUCAAUGACUCAAAACGAACAACACAAUCACAAACCAUUUACCAAGCAAAAUCCCACCACUUCUCACCAUUUCCAUAUCCUCAGUCUUUCCAAAAUGGCAUCUCUUUUAUCCCAGACCAAUCCCAUGGAGGGCCAUCACGAAGCCCUUCUCAUGUCACUACUGGAAGAGUCGUUGCUACAAGUUGAAGACUACAACGACGAUGAAAGGCUGCGGAGUGUUAUCAAAUCUCUGCAAGCAGAGAUCGAUGGUAUUCCCGACAUGGUCAUGGAAGAUCAAAAUUCAAGCGAGAGUGUCGACGACAACGAGCAUUGCUACUACAGUACCGAGCUAUGCCUAGAUGAUUAUGAGGAACUCUCUCGGGUCGAUGAUAUGCAAGCACAUCCUUCAAUCACGUCAAACAAUGGUGCUGAAUAUGAUCAUGAUCUGUGGUCAAGGAUGGAGGGCUCUCUGCAGAGGUAUGAGGGUAUGAUGCUAUUGGAAGAGUUGGGAGGUCAUGGGAUCCAACACCUAGUACAUGAGGAUCAUGGGUAUGGAAGCUCAUUGUGGCAGGACACAUUUUCUAUGUGAGACGUUUACAAUUGUAUGUAUAGCUAACUAGAUCCUUUCUUAUUAUCCAUCGUCAAGACAGACUUCAACUUUGGCUAUGGAUUUUCUGGUCUCCUAUUGGAACUUGGAAGGUUGUGUGAUAAGAGUAUUCACGAAUGGAAAGAUAGACUGGCAUGAGAUUAUACUGUGGAUGUACUCUUUCUAAUCAAACAACAGGAAAUUCCAGCAAUAGAAACCAAACUGUAGCCUAUCAAGAGGUUCAAAAUCAAGACUUACAGCAAGUUGCACUGACAUAGUAGCAGCUGCAGUAGAACAGGGGCAAGCCAGAAACCAAUCCUUGAGCAGAUAAAAAAAAAAAAAAACAAUUUCCGCUUAAAAAUGCUGUCCAUAAAACAAUUCAAAAAGGAGAAACCAAGUCAACCUUCAAAAUCAGUACCGACAACAUAAAAGGAAUCAGACAGCAGCUAAUUGCCUUAGUCAUGUCUAGGCACAACCCAGAGGCGGCUCAGCACAGCAAAGAAAUUGCUGCACCUGGAGAAACAUCUCUGGGGUGUGCCACAACUAUCAUAAGUACCUGCUUUACUCAUCAGCUUCCAACUCGCAAUGUAAAACGAAUAAAUGAAGAGACAAGAAGCUCAGAUGAGUAAGGUGAACAUCAAAUCCAAACAAACCAGUAAGCACCUACAGCAACAUUAAAGCUGGGCAACUACU